GUUUCAGUUCUUGGUUUUAUUCGUCGUCUGUUGUCUUUUCUUUCAAACCAAACCUAUACCAAUACAUACAUUUUUAUCUACCAUCUACCUACAAAUAAAACUAGUUGUUACCACUUUGAUGAAGCCGGUAACUUAGUCUACUUAGGCCUUAUUACUCUAGUGCUCUGAUAUCUUACAUAAAAAUACUGACAUUUUAGAAAAUAACUUAUCGUAUUCGGCCAAAAGUUUAUGAGUGACAGCCUAUAAUUAUGGGGCGUAAAGCAACGUUAGCGGCCUGUACACUUAACCAGUGGUCUCUGGACUUUGAGGGAAAUUUGAGUCGCAUUCUUCAGAGCAUCCAGACUGCCAAAGAGGCAGGAGCAACUUAUAGAAGUGGGCCUGAACUUGAGAUAUGCGGAUAUCACUGUGAGGAUCACUUCCUAGAGGGAGACACUCUACUCCACUCCUGGGAAGUACUAUUAGAACUUGUCAUCAGUCCGAUCUGCAAAGACAUCAUCGUAGAUGUAGGAAUGCCUGUCAUGCAUAAAAACGCUACCUACAAUUGCAGAGUCAUCUUUCUGAACAGGAAACUAUUGCUCAUCCGUCCCAAGUUGCUGAUGUGUGAUACUGCAGGAUAUCGGGAGACUCGCUGGUUCACUGCAUGGAGGAAGUUGCGAGAGACGGAAGACUACUAUUUACCCAGAAUGAUCCAAACGUAUACAGGCCAGUCUGUAGUUCCUUUCGGGGAUGCCGUCAUAGCUACUAAAGACACGUGCAUCGGAUAUGAAAUUUGUGAAGAGCUGUGGAAUCCUUUUAGUUCCCAUAUUCCAUUGUCGGUGGAUGGUGUGGAAAUCAUAGUCAAUGGCUCAGGUUCUUACAUGGAACUUCGGAAAACCAACACGACGGUAGAUCUAGUCAAAUCUGCCACUUACAAGGCUGGUGGCUGCUACUUGUACAAUAAUUUCCGAGGGUGCGAUGGUCAGAGGGUGUUCUUUUACGGCUGCUCGUGCAUUGCACUCAACGGAGAAAUCAUCGCCAGGAGUCAACAAUUCAGUCUACAGGAGGUGGAGGUGACAGUUGCGACCAUAGAUUUGGAAGAUAUCCGAACCUAUCGUAACUUCUGGAGGUCUAGGUGCACUCUUAGCGGCAGUGCUAAGGCUUAUCCACGGAUUGUUGUGGACUUCUCGUUAUCUUCCACGGGCCCAGCCAGUGCUACAAGUAUGACAAGUCAGCCAAUAGUCUGGCAAUACCACAGUCCAGAGGAGGAAAUAGCUCUGGCACCAGCGUGUUGGCUAUGGGACUAUCUCAGGAGGUCUGGCCAGGGAGGCUACUUUCUGCCGCUGAGUGGAGGAGUGGACUCCUCGGCUGUGGGGUGUGUCGUACACUCUAUGUGUAGGAUGGUGGUUACAGCUUGUGCGGCCGGAGAAGCCCAAGUGUUGGCAGACGUUCGUAAGAUGGUGUGUGAUGCUGACUACAUUCCUCGUGAUGCCAGAGAGUUGUGUGGCCGUUUGCUGUUCACCUGCUACAUGGCGACACAGAACUCUUCCUCGGAGACCAAACACAGAGCGAAAACCCUGGCUAACCAGCUUGGCAGUUACCAUACGGAGAUAGGUAUAGACGGAGCAGUGUCAGCCUGUUUAUCCAUUUUCUCUCUAGUCACAGGGAUGAAGCCUCAAUUUGCAGUUCAUGGAGGUUCUGCAAGAGAAUCACUGGCAAUGCAGAACAUUCAAGCAAGAUUGCGCAUGGUGCUAUCCUACCUGUUUGCACAACUAAUGUUGUGGGCCAAGAGUCGUUCAGGAGGUCUUCUGGUAUUAGCCUCGGCCAACGUAGACGAGUCUCUACGAGGCUACAUGACUAAGUACGACUGUUCCUCUGCGGAUGUCAACCCCAUCGGCGGCAUCUCCAAAACUGACCUCAAAAAGUUCCUUGUUUAUGCCAAAGAUAAAUACAACUUACCAGUGUUGGAAGACAUCAUGUCAGCCGCUCCCACUGCUGAGCUAGAGCCGCUAGCUGAUGGAAGGAUCACACAGACAGACGAGCAGGACAUGGGCAUGACGUAUGAUGAACUGUCUGACUUUGGCAGACUGAGGAAGUUCAACAGGUGCGGGCCGUACUCCAUGUUCUGCAAACUGGUCUCUACGUGGUGCGAUCGCUGCACACCUUCUGAGGUAGCUGAAAAGGUGAAGCAUUUUUUCCGGUGCUACGCCAUCAACCGGCACAAGAUGACGGUGCUAACUCCCAGUGUUCAUAUGGAAGGCUACACUCCAGAUGACAACCGGUUCGAUCACCGACCAUUCCUGUACAAUGUCACUUGGAACUGGCAGUUUAGAGCCAUCAAUGAGCAGCUGCAGCAGUUGACUGCUACGACAGAUCUUUUGGACAAAACCAAUAAGACAACACCCAAAUCUCGCUUCAGCAAACUUAUUGAUCCCAAUAGUAAACCAGGAGUUGUAGUCUAACCAAUCGCAAGUCACAAGUCUAGCCAAAUCUGCCAAGAAUAGAACCACGGCAGUCCACAAAGUAGUGUCAAGAAGCUAUGAACAUCACUGUUUAGCUCUAAAUACUGUUGUUAAUAUGUAUCACUUAUCUUUUUUAGGAAAUGGUUAUGAACAAUAUGUUGAUUAAUUAGAUAUAUAUACCAUAGAGAAAUAUUUUUCUAGCCUAGGGUUAGAGUUUGUUGUGCCUCUGAUUUUAAUAUUGUGUUAAUAUAUUUAAUUAAACAUAACUCAAACUGCAAUUUAAAUAUUGAAAAUUAUAUAUAAGUUUUUCUAAACUUUUUUUGUUAUAUAUGUAAAUGUUUUGACUGUUUGGUUACUAUUAAGUUUAUUUUAUAACAGCACACUGCUGAAAUUUUAAAGUUGUCAAACUACGUUCCAUACCAAAUAAAUAAAGUAGUUUUAUAAUUUGACUUUUUUUACUUAUUGCCUAAAAAACCACAGUUUAAGUAUUGUGUACUGUAUAAAGUGAAUUGAGUAAAAAACAUUGAGUCAAAGUUUACUGAUAGACAAUAGACAAUAGACAAUUUCUUUAUUA